AUGCCUCGGGGUCAGAAGAGUAAGCUCCGUGCCCGUGAGAAACGCCGCCAGGCCCGUGCUGAGACCCAGGGCCUAGAGGUUGCUAAGGCCACUGGGGCAGUAGCAGCAGAAGGAAAGCCCCCUUCCUCUGAGAAUCUGCCUGCUGCUGGGGCACGCAGCACUUCUGAGGCACCUGAGGGAGCCACCGGUGCUACUGCAUCUGGUUCAGGCACCAACUCAGCUGAAAAUAUCAAUAGCCCGAAGGCGGAAAGCGCAAGCUCCCCCAAGGGCACCGAGAGCUCACUCAGUGAGAUUUUAAAUAAGAAAGUGGUUUUGUUGGUGCAGUUCUUGCUGCAGAAGUAUCAAAAGAAAGAGCCAAUUAGAAAGGCAGACAUGCUGAAGUGUGUUAUCAAACAGUAUAAGAGUCAUUUCAAUGAGAUCCUCAAGAGAGCUUCUGAUCACAUGGAGCUGGCUUUUGGUGUUGAUUUGAAGGAAGUGGAUCCUACCAGGCACUGCUAUACCUUUGUCAACAAACUAGACCUCGCCUAUGAUUCAGCUCUGAAUGAAGAUGAGCACAUGCCAAAGACUGGCAUCCUGAUGAUUGUGCUUGGUGUGAUCUUCAUGAGAGGCAACUGCGCCCCUGAAGAGGCGAUCUGGGAAGUGCUGAAUAUGAUGGGUGUAUAUGCUGAAAGGAAGCACUUCAUCUAUGGGGAUCCGAAGAAGGUCCUCACAGAAGAUCUGGUGCAGCUCAAGUACCUGGAGUACCGCCAGGUGGCCAACAGUGAUCCUCCAUGCUAUGAGUUCCUGUGGGGCCCGAGAGCCCAUGCUGAAACCAGCAAAAUGAAAGUCCUGGAAUUUUUAGCCAAGGUUCAUGAUACCGUCCCCACUGCCUUCCCAUCCUGGUAUGCAGAGGCUUUGAGAGAUGAGGAAGAGAGAGCCCAAGCCAGAGCUGUGGCCAGGGCUCGCACUGCUGUGCUGGCCAGUGCCCGCUCCAGAGCCACAGCUGGCAGCUCCUCCCAGGCUAAGUGA